CUUGUUGAAUUAUCGAAAGCGCAGGAUAUUGAAGCUGGCGAUGGAACUACAACAGUAGUUGUUGUUGCCGGUGCAUUGCUUGGUGGCGCGGAGAAAUUGUUAAACAAAGGAAUUCAUCCGACGACGAUUUCGGAGAGUUUUCAGCGUGCUUCGGUUCAGGCUGAAAAGAUUCUGGAAUCAAUGGCUUCACCAGUCGACCUUGAAAACGAUCACCAACUAGCAAAAAUUGCCACAACUAGUUUGAGUUCCAAAGUUGUAUCUCAAUACUCGUGGCUGCUUGCACCGAUGGCAGUGAAUGCUAUUAAAAAAAUUAGCAAUGCGGAAGAUAAUAACGUCGAUUUGCGGAUGAUUAAAAUCGUGAAGAAAGUGGGUGAAACCGUUGAAGAAUCUCGCUUGGUAGAUGGCGCACUUAUUGAUCAGCGUUCCAUGGGACGUGGUGGUCCAACUCGUGUUGAAAAAGCCCAAAUUGGACUAAUUCAGUUUCAGCUCAGUCCUCCAAAAACUGAUAUGGAAAAUCAAGUGAUCUUGUCUGAUUACACUCAAAUGGAUCGAGCUUUAAAGGAAGAGCGAACAUACUUGCUUGAUUUAUGCAAGCAAAUAAAGAAGGCAGGAUGUAAUGUCUUGCUUAUACAGAAAAGCAUUCUCAGAGAUGCGGUAAAUGAGAUGUCUUUGCAUUUUUUGGCGAAAAUGAAGAUAAUGGUGGUAAAAGAUAUUGAAAGAGAAGAUAUCGAAUUUUACUCUCGCAUUCUCGGUUGUCGCCCAAUUGCAUCAGUCGACCAUUUUGUUCCCGAAGCAUUAGGUUCUGCAGAUCUUGUUGAACAAAUUCCGACAGGAGGAGAUGGAAAAAUUAUUCAGGUUACUGGUGUGCAAAAUCCAGGCCAGGCAGUUUCAGUUUUGAUUCGUGGUUCUAAUAAAUUGGUAUUAGAAGAAGCAGAACGAUCAUUUCACGAUGCACUUUGCGUUAUACGAUGCCUGGUAAAAAAGAGAGCCAUCCUUCCUGGUGGCGGCGCACCUGAAAUGGAGGUAGCAGUACAGCUGCGCCAAUUAGCCCAAGAAAGACCUGGUGCUGAACAGUACUGUUGGAGAGCUUUUGCGGAUGCUCUAGAACAGGUUCCAUACACAUUAGCCGAAAAUGCUGGUUUGAAUCCGAUAGCGACCGUUACCGAGUUGCGCGCUCAGCACGCGAAUGGCAAAAAGAAUCAUGGAGUAAACGUUCGCAAGGGUUACGUUACUGAUAUUAGAGAGGAAAAUGUGUUGCAACCUCUUCUGGUAUCAUCCUCAGCAAUCAAACAGGCUGCUGAAUGUGUUCGCUCUAUUCUCAAAAUUGACGACAUUGUGAUGGCUGUUCGCUAA